GAGCACCUAUUUGGUGAAAACCAAAACAAGCAAAUCAUCAAACACGAAAAAAAAGAGACUCUCAGGUCACUCACCAUCUUUCCAUGUUGGCCACGUUAUCUUCGAUUGAUCCCGCCGCAGUUUUGCCGCCGCUGACCCGCUCCAAGCAUGGGAAGUGGAUGGAAGCACUUCCUUCGUUUAGGUCUGUUUGUGGAGACGUGGAUGCUGCCUCUGCGAUUGUCAGUGCACCGUCAGGCGUCCGUCAUCACGCGCGUACUGUGUCUCUACCUGCCCGAUUGCCGAGCCAACAUGCGUCCCGCCACCACCGAUUAUCCAUGGACGUGCUUCUCGACGCUAUCGAUCUCGAUCGACAUAUGAAUCAGUUUUAUACUCACGAAAGGGCUAAAUGCGCUUUACGCCGAGUGACCCACCAUCACCCCUUCAAGACCUCGCCUGUCGUGAUACGCCGUCGAUCCAAAUCCGCUCCAGGUGCGUUGGAGUCUCGCCACAAUCUCUCAACGCGCUGGUUCAUCCCGAUGACCGGGUCACAUUUGAAUGCUACGCCAAAAGAAAUUGCGAAAUCUAUUGUUCAACAGCAUAUCGAAUACGCUACCAGGAAAUAAGGUGCCAAUGCCUUCUCGACAACGUGACCUUUCUAUGCAACUCUCCUUUAGUUUUAUGAACUUGUCCUCCUUGUACAACACCCACUGUGUCAGUCGUUUUUUGUCAUUGUACUCCUCAUACAUUCAUUCACUGUAGUUUAAUGUUUCUUUUUCAAUACCUGCCACUCCUUGUCUGGUCCUCUCCUUCUUUGUGACAGUGCUCACAUUAUCACGACGAAUUGUAGCUUCACCUGCUCGCUUUAUGUAUAGUAUUUUGAUGUAACAAGCCUCCUGCUUCGUUUAUUGCGUCAUGAGUCACGCGAGAAUAACACAAACUACU